AUGAGGUUAGAGGAACUGGAGAACAUGGAAAGCGGAUCUAGCGAGGAGUAUGAUGAAGGAGAGUAUCCAGAGCGGAGACGCUAUUUUAAACGGUCUCCACAGAUGGGUGAAGUUGCGGUCUCAAGAAGAGUUGUGAACGAAAAUGGAGAAAGGAGAGUCGAACCAGUGCCUGUUGAAAGAAUCAAUAAAAAUUUCAAACCACCGUUAGCUAAACCGUUAAGGUCAGUUUCUGCGCACUUAGAUGACAACGUCGCCCAAGUGAGCAAAGUAGUAGACGACCACCAAACUGAUACUUCAGCGGUACUUGGAAGUGAAACGAAAAAGACGUCGAUAUCAGUUGAGGACAGAGUUUUCAGCGGAUGUUUUAUACCGCGAUAUGAUCGAAAAUUACAAUCUUACGAGGAGAAAACGGUGAUCAGUAAAAACGCCAGUGACUGCACAACCCAAUGCCUUUGGCAGACGUCAUUCCUUUGCUUAAGUGUCAACUACGACAUCGCAACUAAUAAAUGUUCCUUAAAUGGCGGAAGUGCAUCGGUGAAUCAGAUUGCGCUUAUCCAGUCACCCGGAACAGUUUAUAUGGAGAACAAAUGAGAACCAACUGCUAAAACUGCUGAAACUUCUAUUGUGGUAAAACUGCUGCCAAAGUUCAAGAAAUGUCUUAGACGUCUAGAAAAUGCAGUAUUGUUUGAUCUUGAAGGGAAAAUUGUUGAAGAAGCCAAAACUUUAAAUGAUUGCCUGAUCGCAUGCGGUCAAAGUCAAAAACUGUACGGAUUGACCUGUGCUUCGCUAAAUUGGUUUAAACUCACAGAACAAUGCUAUCUUCACCCAGAAUAUAAAGAAUCUCAACAAAUGCAGAACUCAACGCAAACUGACUUUUACAGAAACUUAUGCUACGAUUCUGAUUUUGUUUCUGACGAAGACCUGUUGCCGGUUUUGUACGACGAUGAAAAUGCCUGA